GGUUUUGAGUUUAUCCGCUGGCCAUUAGAAAUUUGAUCGACUCCUUCAACGAGAACGACAGGGUUUAACCUUCUAAACAUUUGGGGAUGUAUGUUUACACUCGAAGAAACUUUUCAAAUUCUGGCCGAAAAAAUGAUAGGUAAAGCAGUCGGAUCACUCGUCAUCUUUCUCAUAACCGUCUUCAUCACAUACUCAAUCACAACCGGAGGUUUUGGAUCUGGACGACUCGGUACAGUUGAUCUGAAAUCGCAGUUAUCUUUCUUCUCCCUACCUAAAAAUGAUACGCCAUUGCCUUGUCGCAGCGGAUCUCCGCUGAGGGUCUUCAUGUACGAUUUGCCAAAGAGGUUUAAUGUUGCUAUGAUGAGCAGUAAAUUCGCGGGAGACGAUAGUUCUCCCUUGAAUUCCCGGAAUCUGCCGGUGUGGCCGCAUUAUGCAGGGUUGCACCGGCAACAUAGUGUGGAGUAUUGGAUGAUGGCGUCGCUUUUGUAUGAAAAUGCUACGGUUGAUGAGAGUAGUGAGGCGGUUAGGGUUUCAAAUCCCGAGGUGGCGGAUGUGUUCUUUGUGCCGUUCUUUUCGUCGUUGAGUUUUAAUACGCACGGGAAGAAUAUGACGGAUCCGGAUACUGAAUUUGAUCGUCAAUUACAGGUUGACAUCCUUAAAUUCUUGAGGAAAUCUAGCUAUUGGCAAAGGACUUCAGGAAGAGAUCAUGUGAUUCCUAUGCACCAUCCCAAUGCUUUCAGAUUUCUUAGGGAAGAGGUGAAUGCAUCUAUACUCAUUGUUGCUGAUUUUGGGCGUUACUCAAAAAUCAUGUCAAAUCUACGCAAAGAUGUGGUUGCUCCUUAUAUGCAUGUUGUGGAGUCUUUCAUGGAUGAUGACCCUCCAAACCCUUACAAGUUGCGAACCACACUUCUUUUCUUCCGAGGAAGAACAGUGAGAAAAGCUGAAGGCAAAGUUCGUGCCAAGUUGCAAAAAGUACUAAAAGGUUAUGAGGAUGUUCGCUUUGAAGCUGGCUAUGCUAAUGGAGAAGGCAUAAAUGCGUCUACGCACGGUAUGCAAUCAUCAAAAUUCUGUUUACAUCCAGCUGGAGACACGCCUUCAUCUAACCGUCUGUUUGAUGCUAUUGUGAGCCACUGUGUUCCCGUGAUUGUGAGCGACCACAUCGAGCUCCCAUACGAGGCUGAACUCGACUACACCAAGUUCUCCCUUUUCUUUUCCGUUCAAGAAGCAUUGGUUCCCGGUUAUAUGGUCGAACAACUCAGAAAAAUACCCGAGAAGACAUGGAUUCAAAUGUGGAAACGACUCAAAGAAAUAGCGCACCAUUUUGAAUAUCAAUAUCCUCCGAAAAAAGAUGAUGCAGUUAAUAUGUUAUGGAGACAGGUUAGGACUAAAGUUCCUGCUGAAAGACUUGCUGUAAAUAGAAACCGUAGACUGCGAGUGCCUGAUUGGUGGUAAUAACAAAUUGGUUUCGAUAUAAAUGUAUGAGGUUUUAGAGGGUUCGGUGGCUCCAGGCGGUGGAAACUUUUCUGCCGCCUGCGGCUACCAUUGAUGCACCAUGGUAACUCGAUCAACGAUUGUGAAGUUUGAACCCAUGGCGUAUGAAUUAUAGUCCGGUUGGGACACAACUUUUAAUGCGAUUGUUGGUGCUCGUACUCUCGUAGUUUAACUCUUUGUAGAAAUUUUUGUAUACUUCAAACUUUUUUGGGACAGAUGACAAGUCUGCAUCUGAUUUUAGAUUUUAUAUCCGAGAGAGCAAUGUAGAAUUUGUUUAGUUUGGUUUUGUUUUAUUGCAGUUUAUAGAUCUUCAA